AUGAAUAUGUUCAGGAGCGCGACUUCAUAUGUGUAUAACAUCAUACCAUCCUUCCAAGAAGACGAAGGCGGGACAGAAAGCGGUAACAUGUCGAGCCAGCAGACAAAUCCUUCAGCAGUGCCAACCGAUCCACCGCCAUCUUACGAAGCUUCCUCUCACUCUGCGUCUAAGCCGCUCCCGAAACCACUUCCGCCCUCUCUCCCAGUGCUUGUCAACCUCAGGAAGAAAAGAGUGAUACUCGCCUCGGCGUCUCCUCGCCGCAAACAGAUAAUCGCCUUCCUCGGCCUACCCAAUAUCGAAAUCAUCCCAUCCGGCACUCCAGAAGACUGCUCCAAGACCCUCACUCCGUUUGAAUAUGUGCUGGAAACAGCCACGCAGAAAGGCCUGGCGGUGUAUAAGCAGGAGAUAGAUAAUGAAGAAAAGGGAGAGCCGGCGUUGAUUCUGGCUGCUGAUACCAUCGUUGUCAAUCCCGAGACGGGCGAGAUUUUGGAGAAACCACGCUCAGAGGCAGAGCAUAUGAACAUGCUGAAGGGGCUAAGGGAUGCGGGAGAUCAUAAGGUGUAUACGGCAGUUGUUGCCAUAGUGCCGUUGGAGAGCGCACAGGCUCCAGGGUACGCACUUGAGUCGAUCGUGGAAGAGACGAGCGUUCGGUUCGACCCUCAGAUCACAGAUGACUUGCUGCUGAUGUAUGUGAGGACAAGGGAAGGCGCCGAUAAGGCUGGAGGCUAUGGAAUGCAGGGACUGGGAUCGGUGCUUGUGGAGAAAAUUAAUGGAAGCUACGAUAAUGUCAUCGGUCUGCCGCUGAGAGCUACACUGCGGCUCAUCGAGAAGAUAAUGACUAUUGCAGAGGAGGACGCAGAAACAGACCAUGGGGCAUUGGCAGCUGACGAUUAG